AUGUUUCCUUCAGUUGAUGGUCGCCUUGCUAUCCUCGCUGCUUUACCCGCAUCCCUUGUUGUCAUAAAAGCCUUCACGAGGUUCAUUGAUAACAGAAAGAACAAACCUUGCCUUCCUCCUGGCCCAACGCCCCUCCCACUGUUAGGAAACAUCUUAUCUAUCGACACCAAGGAACCUUGGUUGACUUAUACCGAAUGGUGUGUUACCUAUGGAGACUUGUUUUUCGUGCGACUUCUAGGCCAGGAAGUCGUAGUGAUCAAUUCUCAGCACGUUGCAGAAGCGUUAAUGGACAAGCGUUCUCGCAUUUACUCCGAUCGACCUCACAUAGCCACACUCGAGCCGUUUGGUUGGUCGGUCGUCUUUGCAUUCACGGGAUAUGGUGACGAAUGGCGUCUUUGCCGACGACUCUUCCACCAAACAUUCCGCCCCGACUCUGCACUCAAGUUUCGUCCUAUGCAAAUCAAGCGGGCUCGUGAGAUGAUCGUCAACAUAAUUGAUGACCCUCAACACUAUCAUUCUCACUUUGCAACAUUCUCGUCAUCAGUUGGGAUGUCAGCGGCAUACAGCUACCAAACUAGUCCUCGUGAUGAUCCUCUGGUUCGAAUCGUAGAAGAUGCAUUGGCUAUUGGCCUUAAGGUGAUGACCCCAGAGAGAGCAACCCUACUUAAAAUGUUCCCCUUCCUGCUGAGGCUACCUGACUGGUGCUGGGGAUCUGCGAUCAAACGCGAUGCUCGAAUUUCGACCCAUCGGAUGACUGAAAUGACGGACCUGCCGUUCCAAUAUGCGCAGGAGCAUAUAGCCGAAAACUUAUCCCUCGGCCAGGUUUCAAUGGUAUCAGACAAUUUGCAACGGAUGGAGAAGCUAGAUGAGGCAUCAAAACCCAUCUUUAAGACUGCCUUAAAGAAAGCAGCUGCUACUACCACGUCGACCUUGAUGACUUUUGCUCUCGCCAUGGUAUUAUAUCCAGAUGUUCAGAGACGCGCACAAGCGGAGAUCGACUUGGCGGUUGGAGGGGAUCGCUUGCCUACUUUUGAAGACAGACCCUCGCUACCUUACGUUGAAUCAGUCCUGCGCGAAACUUUGCGAUGGCACCCCCUUUUACCCAUUGGCGCACCGCAUGCUACCUCAACCGACGAUAUAUUUGAUGGCUACUUCAUUCCCAAAGGUCUGCCAUUUUUGAUGUUAUAUUGCAGGGCCAUUUCACGGGAUGAAACGCGGUACCCCGAUGCAUCUAGCUUUAUACCAGAGAGGUUCCUGGACGUCAAUAAUGCGCUGACGGACGAUGACCCUGCUAGAUAUGUUUUCGGCUUUGGCCGGCGUGGAUGUCCAGGCCGAUAUGCUGCUGAUGCCUCUGUAUGGUCCGCUAUUGUUACUAUGUUGGCCACGGUGGAGUUUUCUUCUGCCAAAGAUGACCAGGGCAAGGUGAUCGAAUUCACCCCCCCGAUUCACGACGGGACUCACUCAGUACUUGGAUUUUCCCGUAUCAUUCCAUCUUCUCGUCACUAA